AACAGGCGUUGGCAUUAGUACAAGUAACAGCAUGGACGUUGGCUUGUUAUUGCUCAUAGCGCUUUGCAGUUUGGCCUAUUGGCUUUAUAGCAAGAACAAGGAUUACAAUGUGCUCUGCUUUUUCACCAAGCGCGUAAAAACGGUUAGUGGUGCGCCAGUGGAAACUAUUGCACCCAUUGCACCUGGACGCACCAUCUUUGGCAAUGCCUUUGAUGUUUAUGGCUUCGAUCAUGCUGCCAUAUUUCAACAUCAACGCAAACGUGCCAAGGAAAUGCGCACUAGUUACUUGGAAUAUGGCAUGGGCGCUGCUGUUUAUAAUAUACUCGAUGCGGAUAAUAUGGAAGCAGUGCUGAAUGAUCAGAACUUGAUUACCAAAAGUAUUGUUUAUAAUUUUUUGAAGCCUGCGCUGCGCACUGGACUGCUCACCUCAACGGAUAAGAAAUGGCAUUCGCGCCGCAAGAUGAUAACGCCCACAUUUCAUUUCAAUAUACUAAGUCAAUUUGAGGAAAUAUUCAAAGCUGAGAGCAUUAAGUUUGUGCAACAAUUUGCCAAAGACACAGAGAUUGACAUUUCGCUGAGCGAACUGAUACCGCGUUUUACGCUAAAUUCCAUUUGUGAGACUGCCAUGGGCAUUAAGCUGGACGAUAUGGCUGAGCAGGGCGAUCGUUAUCGUGAUAACUUUAGCAUGAUUGAAAAGUGUUUUAUAAGACGCGUUAGCAAUCCAUUGCUUUGGUUUGACAAAAUCUACAACAUGUUUGUCGCUAGCGAAUUUGAAAGCGCUUUUCGUGGUGUGCACGAGUUCUCCAGCGAAAUUAUAGCCAAGCGUCGCACACUGCUGGAGCAUGAGAUUAAAACGCGUAUGGAUCAGCAAACACCCGAUGAGGACAUCUAUAUAAACAAGAAGCAGCGCUUUGCUAUGCUGGAUACUUUAAUCUUUGCGGAGCAGGAUGGCUUAAUAGAUCAUCGUGGCAUUUGUGAGGAAGUGGAUACGCUUAUGUUUGAAGGUUUCGAUACAACAUCCAUUGGUUUAAUAUUUGGACUGAUGAACGCUUCGCUGAAUCCAGAGGCACAAAGAAAAUGCUAUGAGGAGUUAAGCGAGCAUAUAGCAGACGAUCUGAGCAAUGUGGAUGUCAAUCAGCUGUCCAAGCUUAAGUACAUGGACUGCUUUGUUAAGGAGACAAUGCGUCUGUUUCCCUCGGUGCCCAUUAUGGCGCGUCAGACAGUGCGCGAGACGCAGCUAAGCAAUGGACUUAUACUUCCGCCUUAUACACAAAUUGUGAUGCAUGUGUUCGAUGUGCAUCGCAAUCCCAAGCACUGGAGCCAUCCCGACGAGUUCCAGCCCGAACGCUUUCUGCCCGAAAACUAUCAGGAUCGUCAUACCUACGCCUAUGUGCCGUUUAGCGCAGGACAACGCAAUUGCAUAGGUCAAAAGUAUGCCAUGCUGGAGAUGAAAACGCUGCUGGUGGUGCUGCUUAAGCAGUUUGAAGUGCUGCCGCUGGUGGAUCCCAAGGAAUUUGUAUUUCACACAGGCAUAACGCUGCGCACCAAAAAUAAUGUUAAAGUGAAGCUCGUAAGACGUCAGCAGAAUUAAUAAAAAUAAACUUAAAACUUACAA